CAAUGGAGCAUCAUCUUCUUUGUACUACUUCAUGUUCACUACUACUCUUCUUAUUCAGUUCUAUUCCUGUAACCAGCCAAUUCACAUUUGGCAGCAGCAAACAAGCUCAUAAUUAUUCGAAUGUCUCUUGUAUUGAGAAUGAACAACAAGCUCUUCUUCAAUUCAAGUAUAGGUUGAUAGAUGAAUCAAAUUGACUGUUAUUUUGGAUUGGAGAAAAUUGUUGUUCAUGGGAAGGCCAAGAAGGAGAUUAUAGCGUUGGCGAGAUCCCUGAUGAGAUAAUGGAACUCGAUCAAUUGAAAUUUUUGAAUCUUUCACAAUCAUUUGACUGGAAGGAUCGCCGAGAAGAUCGGCAACUUGAAGCACUUGAUCUAUCUCCCCGAAAGCUUAUCUGAUUUGUACUCAUUGAACUCCCUGAAUUUGUCACACAAUAAACUUUCAGGGCCAAUACCUGUAGGAAAUCAACUUCAGACCUUGACCGAUCCAUCUAUCUAUGAAGGAAAUAGUGGACUUUGUGGCAAACCGCUCCAAAUCAACUUCUCGGAACACAAGUUGUCUACAAAAAAUGGGCCUACUCAUGAUGAUAAAGGCCACAGCAAAGUCUGAUUGGUCUUGGUUUUAUGCUGGUAUAGGACCGGGGUUUGCUGUCGGGCUCUUGAGAGUUUUGGGAAUCCUUCUCUUCAAGAAAUCAUGGCGCUAUUCAUACUUCAAGUUUAUAGAAAGUGGCUUUGAGAAAAUCUGGGUAAUGAUUGCAUUGAAGACUACUCACCUGAGGAUAAAGAGAAGAAAAGAAAACCAGAAAACAGAAAUCAAGAGCCAAGAAUGGGACUCUUCACCUACACCAUAGCCGGUGGCGGUUUCAUCUUGAUCGGUGCUUGGGAAUCGUUCGUAUCUUCCUCUGAAUGUAUCCAAAAUACGCCACUAUCUCCGCCCCUUACCAGCCCUCGCGCCAUUUCAGCUAUUAACAACAGCAGCACUCAAACGAAAAAGGCCCCUCUUUCUUCAUCAUCUGUAACAUGCAUAUCAAUCUCCGUCCUUUCUUUCUUCUUCAUUCUAAACUCUCUCAUCUUCAUCUCCGACGCUCUCAACUCCAAAGACCACGUCGGUUUCGCCUUCCAGUUAGAGGGGAAGAGUAGAGGAAACUAUACGAUUAAGUGUAAAGGGCACCCUGAGUAUCAUCGUGGUCGAGCGAUCGCUAUGCUUCAGUUUAAUUGCCAUCUUGCACUUCUAGUGACUUUGAGUGUUGUGGUGUAUGGAAUUGUCCGCAAGAAGCAUGGGAUUAGGCGUGAUUUGUUGCAGUAUAGGCCGCUUGGAGCUGAGAUUCAGCAUUUGGAUGGUCAGCCUCAGUUUACUUUGGAUUCUGAUGAUGAUCUUGAUGAUGCUGAUCAGAAUGGGAUUAAAGAGGUGAGGAGUGUGGAAAUGCAGAAGGCUAUUGUAGCAGUGCCUGCAUCAGAAGUCAAUGGUUAUGGUACUCAUUGACGAGCUCAAAGAAUGAAGAGCGAAAGAGUGCAAAAUCAGUAUCAUUGAGUUACUCAAGCAUUCGUGAGGGUGGCAAAGGGGUGAUGGAAGGUUCUAAAGGUGCUCAAAACUAGAAGUAGCUUAGAAUGUGGUCAUCAUUUUGGCUGUAGAGACUAGAGAGAUGGACACAUCAAUUAUCAGCAUUACGAGGCCCGCUGGAAUCUGCUGUUAGAUGAUAUCAAAGUUGUUGAACCCUUGAUUUGAUGAACCAGGUUUAUUUGGGAUGGUUGCAGUAGUGUAUUUCAUUUUGCUUUCUUUAAUGGUACACUGUUCAUCUCUGCCUCACUUGGUAGACAAGAGUAGAUCAGGAUACAGGUUUCUAAACUUGUGCCCUCUUGCAUAUAGCUUAGUGGGUUGCACGGCUGGACCUAUUGGCUAGAUAACGAACAAAAUGUCUUUAUGUUUCAUGUUUAUACGGAUUCACGAUGUGCAUAUAUAGACA